AGGAUGACGUCACAGAGUGACGUGGCCAGCAGACGUGGCGGUGCCCGAGUCGGUUGGCCGCCCGUCCGGCCGGUCUCAAGGUCAGGCGCUUCUCGACCCGCCGGCUGAGGGGCGGGUGAGCAGUCGUCUGCGUGCGGCGCCGAGUGUGAGAGGUGUGAGAAGACGGUGAGAGGGGUGAGAGAGCAGCGUGACCAGAGGGGCUGUGAGAGGGAUGGCCGGAGAAACCCAGCCCAGGAAGAGGAAGAUCAGGGAGAAAGGAAAAGACGUCGGCAGUGACCACUCGGGUGAUGAGGAGCUGGAAGACUCGCCUGCAGGUGGCGGCACCUGCGCCUCAGCCGUGGUAGUACUCCUUCUGGUAGCGGGCGUCGGCCUCCUGGGGACGCUGGUUUACAUUCAGAGCGGAGCCGUCUCCUACGGAGGCCCUCCGGCGCCUCAGCCGCCGCCGGCCCGCCCUGCAGAGGUGGUGGUGGACCGCUCGGAGCCCUUGGACAGCUCCCAGCCGCCGCAGCCGCCCGGCGGAGAGGGUGGCGACGACACGGUCCUCGCCGCGACCACAGAGUCAGUCACCGCCGACGACCCGGCGCAGGUGGCGCCACCGGGCGACGAAAAGGGUUCGCCACCGUCUGGGGAGCACACGGCGGGACCGGGCGGAGCGCCGCCGCCGCCCCCUCCUCCCGGGCAGGAGUCGGGUGAAGUGAGGCUGGAGGGGUCGGAGGAGGUGCCGCUGGAUGUGCAGCUGGAACAGCCGGUCCGCAAGGAGGUGCGGGUCCGCCAGAUGCUGCGCAUCCACACACACGCGGACGGCAGCAUUACAGAGGAGGUGGUAUCUGAGGAGCUUCUUCAGCCGGGAGACGAGGGCUAUGACGAUCUCGGUAAAGAGCCGGUGACUGUUGCGGUCCACAGCGGGCCCGCCGAGCCGGCGCCCACCGCCGUUCGACCCACCAUAGCCAUCACUGCCGACGAAAGCGACUAGAAAUGUCCAAAGUGCGCUGUGAAGGAUCGGCGCCUGAUACCCAGUCGUUUGUCCAGCCUAUAAGCGAUGUAAGUCUACAUCAGAGGGUGACGACUGGUGCAGGGUAGCUGUGGCUUAAAAAACUGCUCUCGUGAGGUAGAGCCUCGGUCAAUCUCAGAGGUAGGGCUGACUGAAGCUGAUACCUGUGCCCAGAGAUCUGAAAACUGUUGUACUGUUACAAGAUGUUGGGCUUGGCUUCUUCUUGAGCAGACUGUUACGCUUGUGAUCGGAACAUUUCCGGCAGCUAUUCGUGUGUGAUUCGAGAUCCGUUCGAUGCUACGAUUGGACGGCACAAGACAUGAUGCUCCAUAAAGACACUGAAUUUAUUCCAAAUAGUGCAUGCAACGUCUGAACAAUGGUUAAUUUUGAGCACAAUAUGAUUUAUAUUUUACCGUCAAGAAGUGUUGCUUUUUUGCCCGGGUUCCUUAUUUACAGUUUCUGUGAAUAAGUUGCAGUCAUUUCGCCGGACAUUUCAGUAAUCAACGCCAGUGUGAAAUAGCUACGAACGAGAUUGUUGGCUAAUAAACCUGUUUUUAUAA